UGUUAAUAACCCGAAAAGAAAAGGAAAAAGGGCAGUCUUUCGUGUUUGUCUUCCCUCUUCUCUGACGUACUUUGAAUGUUGAAAAAUCGAAGCCCUCUUCACGGCUAAAUCCCUUUCGUGAAUAUGUCUGCAUAUGAAAAUGUUCUUGGUGGGAAGCUGAAGCUCAAGGGAAAGGCUCUGGAUGUCAAGGCUGCUGGUAUGAAGAAGAAAAAGAAGAAACAAAAAAAGCUUCAAGAUCAGGAGUCUCUAAACGCAGAAAAUGAUCUUCCAACUGGUGGAAGUACAGAAAUGACAACCAAUCCUGAUGAGGACGAGAUUGAUGAUAGCAACAAGUUGAGUGAGGAAGGAAAGGCUGCGUCUUAUGAUCAUCAGCUCACGUCUGCAGAGAGACGGUAUAUUGAACAAAGGGAGCAAAUUGACACUCAUAGGUUGGCCAAGACUGCUAACAAAUCUCACCGUGACAGGAUUCAGGAUUUCAAUCAAUAUCUUGCAAAUAUGAGUGAGCAUUAUGACAUUCCUAAAGUCGGGCCUGGCUGAUUCAGCCAAGCAUACGAGGUCGAUAGCCGAAAUAUCUCUCCUCUUAGUCCCUCGCAAUAUUAGUACUAUAUCUAUAGUCUGUUGUCAACGAUGAUACACUUGUGUUAAGCGUGUGCUGGUAUAUUGCAGAUUAUGUCUUGUAUUUCUUUUGUUCUGUGGCCAAAUGGCUUUUCAAUUAUUUAAUGAAUGAGCUGUGCCAGUGCACUUAAAUCUCAUUUACAUUA